AUGGCCAACGUCAGUGGCGAGUGGAAUGUGCUGGAGAGCCCACUGCAGCUGUGGUCGGUGGUGCAGCAAGUGGCGCUCACUCUGGCUGUAGCCGAAGAGGCACUCGAGUUCGAGCACCGAGCCCUGAGCGAAGACCACGUGCUCGUCAAGAAGGCGCACCACGACGUGCUCUCCUACAGGCUCAACGGACGCGUGCUGCACGUCCACACGUUCGGCGUGCACGCCUUCCUCGUCGACUUCUGCGCGUCUCGCCUGAGACUACGAGGAGAUGUGAAGCCCUUGUUCACCAACCUGAAGAAAAUGCCCAGGAGCAAGUGCGAGGCGAUGGGAGAGACGUUUUUGAAGAUCUGUCACCUCGUCGGUGAUGAGCCGUGGCUGUACUGCCCCAAGACGAACGUGGCCGGCCUGGAAGCGCUGACCAGGAGACUGGCCAAGAGGUUCGAGAGCCGUUUCGCCGCCGCCGUAGACGAGGCUGAGCAGGAGGCAUGGUGCGACCUGUGCUUCUGGCUGGACGAGAUGCCAUACUGCGCCAGCGCUACAGAGCUCGCUCUCCAGAUGGCCAUGUAG